AUGGCAUUGUCCGAGGGGAGUAUCGUCCGAAAGGAUGAGAAACUAUGUCGGUCGGUUGGCAUCGAUUUGGCAGAAGUAACGGGAGCCAGAGUGCCUGCCAGAGGAGGAGAUUCUACAUAUAGAGGUGUCAUAUCGUCAAGCUUCGGCCGAGUGACCGCGAGAAACACCACGUGCUCCUCUCUUCUCUCUGCUCGCAACGUAACACGAGGUGGAGCACAGCUGAUCGAUCUUCGUCUCAGCGCAGAUUGACGUGGACCAGUUCGUGAGACAUGGAGCAAACUGGCAUCUCGAUAAUACAGACUGGUGCGAUCACCGCCAGUACAGCGGGAAAAUCGAAAAGCGUUGGCAUCCCGUUCAAUCCGAGCUCCAGCAUACAGACCGCCACGAAGAAGUUCAAAAUACCAUGUUUUAAGGAGCUGAUGCAUGGCGAAGGCGCUAUGAAGAAAACCGUGUUGAUAAUUUUGGCCGAGACGAUUGGCACCUCUAUAUUGCUAUUCGUUGGCUGCAUGGGAUGCGUUGGAGGCCUGGGCUCUGAACCCACUCCACUUCAAAUUUCUUUAACCUUUGGCCUUGCUGUGAUGAUUGUGAUUCAAUCUAUUGGCCACAUCAGCGAUGCUCACAUUAACCCUGCCAUCACGGUGGGAUCGGUAGUGCUCGGGAAGAAGACUAUUCCCGAGGGAUUGGUGUACCUGUUGUCCCAGAUAGUCGGCGGAAUCCUGGGGUUCGGCAUGCUGAAGGUGGUGACGCCGGCAGGUAACCUGACGAGCAAGACCCUCAGCGAGGCGGACAUGUUUUGCGUGACCGAUCUACACUCGGAGCUAUCUGCGAUCCAGGGCCUGUUGCUCGAGGGCAUUUCCACCGCUAUACUGAUGCUGGUCGCGUGCGCCGUCUGGGACAGUAGAAACGUGAAAAACACCGACUCGGUGCCAAUCAGAUUCGGUCUGACGGUCGCUGCUCUUGCGCUCGCGUUCGGACCUUACACAGGCUGCAGCAUGAACCCGGCCAGGUCAUUGGCACCAGCGCUCUGGAACAAUCAGUGGUCACAUCACUGGAUCUACUGGUUCGGCCCCAUUGGUGGCGCCCUUUUAUCGUCCUUCAUGUACAAAACUAUCUUCGGCGUGAAGAACCACACGGAGGAUGAGUGCUCCGCUGAAGCUGUCGCGCUGAACAGCGUCAACAUUCAGAAGACGGAGCCGUGAUACAAAACUGAAGAGGGCCAAUCGGAAACGUCGAGGGUACGGAUCGAUCGGCACCAUCUUCAAGAAACCACGAGAGAUUAAGCGUUCAAUGGAGGAUUCGAAUGGAUCGAACGGAUCUACCGGAUCGUACAUCGCGCCAUCUAGGAUCUUUUGUACCUCCGUUUUUCUCGAUCGUAUAGAGUUCGAACGAUCCAGGAAAUCGCAAGACUGCUCAUCAGAGAGAUAGAUCAUCCGUUGCCUGCGAAGUAUUGUUCACACGCGGCAACGUUAUCCUGUUAGGGAAACGAUAUACAGCGUAUAGGUUAUGUGCAUCCCGGGAACGACGCUAUUCCGCCAUUUUACGAUUCGAUGAUCCACCGUGUACAAUAUGGUGGCUGUUAGAUCGGAACCGAUGCCGGGAACACGCAUCUCGUUGUUGUUGUCUUUUUCAUUUUUUUUCUUUCGAAUACUCCGUUAGUAUGUGUUUUGCGCAACAUAACCGUGUUGCUUGCUGCUUCAUAGGCGAUUUCAAUUCGCUAUUUGUCGUUGUACAUAAUUGUUAUAUUUUUUAUAGAUGUAUUUACUCGUGACGAUGGAAAAAUAUAAUCGGAUAAAAGUGA